UGACAUGACCCUGAACUCCCUGGUCUCGGAGGCUUUUGUGCAGUUCUUCGUGGAGAUCGUGGGGCACUACUCUCUGCACAUGAGUGUGACGGAGCAGGGCGAGCACGUGUUCCAGCGUGAGCCCUUCCGCAAAUCCCACGGCUCGCGCACCGUGCGCCACUUCCUGCACUGCUUCAUGGAAACACAGAUGUUCGCUGGCUUCAUCCAGGACCGCGAGCUCAGCAAGAACCUGGGCAAAGGCCUUUUUGAGGUCCGUGCCUUGGAGUAUUUGGAGAGUAUUCCAGAGACGGAACGAACUGGAAUGAACAAAAUCCUUCGCAGUCUUG